AUCCUGUGUCAAACCAGCUUUUCUUUGGUUGCAAGGUUGCAUCAUACCAUGGAAUUUAUUAGUUAGUUUGGCAAGGUUGAAUCUACAAGUUGUGUGAUAGAUACAUACAUAGAUAGAUACACAUAAGGAAGGUUGGAAUGGAAAGUCAAUUCAUCUAUCUCCUAUCUCUCUAGCGAGAAGAGAGACCUACCGUGUUCUCACUUCUCUCAUUGACCUCCAAUUCCACCCACCAAUGGCGCGGCCGCGGUCACAGGUCGCCACCACCACUGCCGUCUUGAUCCUAUUUCUCGUGGCCGAGGUCGUUUCCUCCGGCGAAGCAACCACCAUCAUCCUCCGACCACCCCACGGCGGCAGCAACCGCCACACCAUGUUCUUCCCCCUCUUUCUCUCUCCUCCUCCUAGCAGCUCUUCCCGCAACUCCUCCUCUCCCUCCGUCCGCCGCCAGAUUCAGGGAUCCGACCCUCUCCACCCUAACGCUCGCAUGCCCCUCUACGACGAUCUCCUCCGCAACGGUUACUAUACCACUAGGCUUUGGAUCGGAACUCCUCCCCAGAAAUUCGCUCUCAUCGUUGAUACAGGGAGUACUGUUACAUAUGUUCCUUGCUCUACAUGUGAACAGUGUGGUAGACACCAGGAUCCAAAGUUCCAGCCAGAUUUGUCUAGCACCUACCAACCUGUAAAGUGCAACGUUGAUUGCACCUGUGAUGGUGAUAGGGGUCAGUGUGUUUAUGAUCGACAGUAUGCUGAAAUGAGUUCUAGCAGUGGUGUCCUUGGUGAGGACAUUAUAUCGUUUGGCAAUGAAAGUGAACUUGCACCCCAGCGUGCUGUUUUUGGUUGUGAAAAUGUGGAAACUGGCGACCUUUACAGUCAACAUGCUGAUGGCAUAAUGGGUUUGGGCCAUGGUGAUCUCAGUGUUGUGGAUCAACUUGUUGACAGAGGUGUAAUUAGUGAUUCCUUUUCCUUGUGUUAUGGAGGGAUGGAUGUUGGUGGUGGUGCAAUGAUUCUUGGUGGCAUUUCCCCCCCUGCUAACAUGGUAUUCUCCCGUUCUGAUCCUGCACGCAGUCCAUAUUACAAUAUUGAGCUGAAGGAGAUGCAUGUUGCUGGGAAGAAGUUGUCUUUAAACCCAAGUGUUUUUGAUGGAAAAUAUGGAACCAUCCUGGAUAGUGGCACUACUUACGCUUACCUACCAGAAGCAGCAUUCCAAGCAUUUAAGGAUGCUAUUGUGAAAGAACUCCAUUCACUCAAACAGAUUCGUGGUCCUGACCCAAGUUAUAAUGAUAUUUGCUUCUCUGGUGCCGGGAGUGAUGUCUCACAACUCUCAAAAACAUUUCCAAUUGUUGACAUGGUAUUUGGCAAUGGGCAGAAACUGUCACUCUCUCCGGAAAACUACUUGUUCCGGCAUUCAAAGGCACAUGGUGCAUAUUGCUUGGGGAUUUUCCAGAAUGGAAAGGAUCCAACCACCUUGUUAGGAGGAAUCGUUGUCCGCAAUACUCUUGUGAUGUAUGAUCGCGAGCAUGAAAAAAUUGGUUUCUGGAAAACAAAUUGCUCUGAAUUAUGGGAAAGGCUUCACAUUACUAGUGCUCCUCCACCUGUGCCUUCAACUUCUGAUAGAACAAACUCAACUGCAGAUGAGUCACCCACAGUGGCUCCUGUUGGACCUCCACAGCAUAAUUUUACAGGACAGUUUCAAGUUGGUCUUAUAACAGUUUACAUGUCUUUGAGCGUCAAAUACCCAGAUCUGAAGCCUCACAUCACAGAACUUGCCCAGUUCAUUGCCCAGGACUUAGAUCUGAAUACAUCACAGGUCCAGUUAUUGAAUUUUACAGCUGAAGGAAAUGAUUCCCUAAUAAGAUGGGCCAUUCUGCCAGCUGGAUCUGCCGAGUACUUUGCUAAUGUCACUGCAAUGGGUAUUAUUGCACGGUUAGCUGAACAUCGUGUCCGGCUUCCUGAUACCUUUGGAACUUAUCAGUUGGUCGAUUGGAACAUUGAGCCCCGACAAAAACAGACGUGGUGGCAGCAACACUACAUGGUUGUGGUUGUAGCAAUCAUCGUUAUGCUAAUUAUGGGAUUAUCAGCUACCGGGGGAUGGAUUAUUUGGAGAAGGAAGCAACAAGCAAUUGGAGCAUACAAGCCUGUUGAUGCUGCUAUUCCUGAGCAAGAACUCCAACCGCUGUGAACACAAGUUGUCUUCCAUGUUACAAUUUAUGUAUAGUAUGGUGCAGCAUUUUUAAUUCCCAAGUCAUGAUGACUGAUUUCUGGAAGCAUGGGUACCAAACUGAUACAAUUUUUGUCAAGGGAUGAUACAUGUAAACCAACGAAUCUUUUAGGGCUUUAUAUAUGUUUCAUUAAACUGGAAUGGAACUGGAAAAAAGGGAAAUUGCGCACAUGUUUAGAAUAUCACAUAUUUAUAAAUUUGUAUGUGAAUAAUGUAAGAAGACAUCACAGAAUCCAAGGUUUGAUCAAUAAACUAAUUUUUGUGAAA